AUAUGGAACCAGUUCGCUCGUACUGUAUAAAAAGCUGAAUGUAUUUUAUUUGUCCUCAGAGUGAGUUAAAGGAGGAGCAGAUGAAAUCCCAGCAGAGAAUCCAGGAGAAGCAGAAGGUGGUGCAGGAGCUGAAACAGGCUGUGAACACUAUAAAGCUCAGUGCACAGACAGCAGUUGAGGACAGUGAGAGGAUCUUUACUGAGCUGAUCAGCUCCAUGGAGAAAAAGCGCUGGGAGGUGACGGAGCUGAUCAGAGAUCAGGAGAAGGCUGAACUGAGUCGAGCUGAACGACUCCUGGAGCAACUGGAGCAGGAGAUUGCUGAUCUUCAGAGGAGAGUCACUGAGCUGGAGCAGCUUUCACACACACACGAUCACAUCCAUUUCCUCCAGGUUUUAGCUUCUGGACGUCGGUCUCCUCCAUUGGACAGACCAGAUUUUCACACAUCCAGCGUCACUGUCCAUCAACAUCUCUCAUUUGAUGGAGUGAGGAAUUCUCUCUCAGAUCUGAAAAAGAGACUCGAGGAAUUCUGUGAGGAGGAAUUCAACAAAAUCCCUCCACAUGCUGCAGCAGUUCAGAUCAUUUCAGAACCAGAACCACAGAGCAGAGAAGAGUUUCUGAAAUAUUUCUGUUAUCUGACUCUGGAUCCCAACACGGCACAUCGUCACCUCAUUCUGUCUGAGAAGAACAGAGCGGUGAGAUGGAGUGAGAGAGAGCAGCGUUACUCUGAUCAUCCAGAGACAUUUGAUUUCUGCAGGCAGGUGUUGUGUAAGGAGAGUGCGUGUGGACGCUGUUACUGGGAGGUGGAGUGGAGCGGUAAUGAUGGUGUUGUGUUCAUAUCAGUCUCUUAUCACAUAUAUCAUCUCACAUCAGCAGGAAAGGAUGGGCAUUGA